CACCAGCACAGCUCCUGUUUCACUCAAAGAUGGCGUCGGCUCUAGAGCCCCUAGUCUCUGGCUGCAUUUUUCGGCUUGUUGUUGUCUCCGCUGCGCACGGGUUUGGCACCUUCUCCGCGGCAACUCGACACCAAAUUCCGGUUUUAUCAGCUCUUCAGGUGCAAUAGGCAUGAAGGAGAUCGCACUGACUGCUCCCUGGGGUGAGAUAUCUGUUCCGUCCUAGAGCUGAGAAGUCCAGAGUGCGGCAGGUGUACACCAUCAAGACACAGGAAUUGAUCUACAAGAAACUGCAAGUUGGAUAAAAGACGAACAAAUAUUUUAAUCACCAGAAACUGUACCCAUUCUAACUUUCAUUUCUGAAAGUUUAUCCUGUGGACACUUGUAUUUUAUGUUCAUACAGAGUUCAUCAAUCAGCCUUCUGUGAGUUUUUAUUAUUGUGGUUCUGUACCUUUUUUUUUUUUUACCUCUUUUUUUUGGACAUAUACUGUAUUUUGUGAUCUUUGGACUGUCAUUUUACAGUUUACAGCUUUGCUCUCUGCCAGGCAGCCUUGCCUGGCUGGAAGAAAGGAGGCUCUUUUUUUUUUUACCAGGUGGAGGGUUGGCUCGGGGAGUUUGUGCUAUGGUCAGCUGCUCUUUACCGUGCUGUUCAUUCUCAGCUUCUGAGGGAAUAUCCGUGCGACCCCAGGACAAAGGAUAGUGCGCAGGUAGAGGGUUCAAAGGAGAGAGGAGCGGCGGCGCUCCGGCGCAGGCCAAGACAUCCCUUGGCUUUUAGUUCUUUGUGGUCGUAGCGGUAGAGCGCUGAGCCCUUCCACCUCAACUGACCGCAGCCAUGGUGAAACUAGCCAACCCGCUGUACACACAAUGGAUCCUAGAGGCCAUCCGGAAGGUAAAGAAGCAAAAGCAGCGGCCAUCCGAAGAGCGCAUCAGCAAUGCGGUCAACAUGUCCCAUGGUCUGGAUCGCAAAACUGUAUUAGAACAGUUAGAACUCAGCGUGAAGGAUGGGACUAUUCUCAAGGUCACCAACAAGGGCCUCAACUCCUACAAGGAUCCGGACAACCCUGGGAGAAUUAUUGUGCCCAAAACCAAAACUGGCAGCUCUGGAGGAGGAGGCAGCUCGAGUGGUGGGUCACACUUUCAUUCAGGAAAGAAACCAGGGCUGGACUGGAACAAGCUUAUCAAACGGGCACUUGAGGGUCUCCACGAGCCUGGGGGUUCCAGUUUAAAAGACAUUGAGCGUUUUCUGAAGUGUCAGGCAGAUGUGGCGUCUUAUCUGUCCAGCAGUGGCUCCAUGGGCACUGGCAUCUUCCACCAGCAGCUGAGAGUGGCUCUGAAGCGUGCCGUAGCCCACGGUCGAGUGGUCAAACAGGGUCCUCUUUUUGAGCUGGUGAGCCGCAGCAGCUCACACCAUCACCAGGACGACGGGACCGGAACCGUGUCUCUGGACUCACUGCCACCUGUACGACUGCUCCCCCACGAAAAGGACAAGCCGGUGGCAGAGCCCAUCCCCAUCUGCAGCUUCUGUUUGGGCACCAAGGAGCAAAACCGUGAUAAGAAGCCCGAGGAACUCAUCUCCUGUGCAGACUGUGGCAACAGUGGCCACCCGUCCUGUCUCAAGUUUUCCCCAGAGCUCACAGCACGAGUCAAGGCACUAUGGUGGCAGUGCAUUGAAUGCAAGACUUGCAGCAGCUGUCAGGAUCAAGGGAAGAAUGCGGACAACAUGCUGUUUUGUGACUCCUGUGACCGGGGCUUCCACAUGGAGUGCUGUGACCCUCCGCUCCAGCGGAUGCCAAAGGGCAUGUGGAUUUGUCAAAUCUGUCAGCCGAGGAAAAAGGGAAAGCUUUUACAUGACAAGGCAGCACAAAUCAAACGCUACAGCGGACCACUGGGGCGGCCUAAGAACAGACCAGGAAGGCCAUUCAAGAAGCUUGGCGGCCGCGGUCGAAGGAAGCGCUCUGCGUCGGCCAACUCUUCAUCCAGUUCAUCCUGCGAUGGUUACCCCGGCGAUGACCGGCUGCUCUUCUCGAUGCGCGAGGACGACGACCUGACCCAAAGCAGCCUGCGUUUCAACAACAAGACCAAGGGUUUGAUCGACGCCCUCACCAAGUUCUUCACGCCAUCACCGGAAGGGCGUAAGGCGCGACAGGAAGUGGUGGACUACUCCCAGCAAUGCCGCAUCCGUAAGAAAGCCAGCCGCAAGGGAGAUGGAGAUGACAGGGCGGACAAUCAGGAAGGCAGCGACUGGCGUGACGAGGAUGAUAAACUGCCUGGUCACGAAAAUCUGACAGAAAAAGACAUUGAGUUAUUCAGACACAUCCAGGAACUGGCGCUACAGAAAGUCGGAGUGACUGGACCACCGGAUCCCCAGAUGCGCUGUCCCUCAGUCAUAGAGUUUGGGAAGUUUGAGAUCCAGACAUGGUAUUCAUCUCCAUAUCCACAGGAAUACAGCAGGCUUCCAAAGCUGUACCUGUGUGAGUUUUGCCUCCGCUACAUGAAAAGCCGCAGCAUCCUUUACCAGCACAUGAAGAAAUGCCAGUGGUAUCACCCUCCUGCCAAUGAGAUCUAUAGGAAGGAUGAUGUCUCUGUAUUUGAGGUUGAUGGAAAUGUGAGCACAAUCUAUUGUCAGAACUUGUGUCUGCUGGCCAAGCUGUUCCUGGACCAUAAGACCUUGUACUACGAUGUGGAGCCUUUCCUUUUCUACGUCCUCACACAAAAUGACAGCAAGGGGUGUCACCUCGUUGGAUACUUUUCUAAGGAAAAGCACUGUCAACAAAAAUACAAUGUGUCAUGUAUCAUGAUUCUUCCACAAUACCAGCGCCAGGGCUAUGGACGAUUUCUCAUUGACUUCAGCUAUCUGUUGUCAAAGCGGGAAGGCCAGCCAGGAUCGCCAGAAAAGCCUCUGUCUGACCUUGGCCGAUUGUCUUAUAUGGCCUAUUGGAAGAGUGUUGUGCUGGAGUGUCUACAUGAACUGCGCGAUCGACAAAUCACCAUACGCCAUCUAAGCAAACUAACUGGCAUCUGCCCACAAGACAUCACUUCCACCCUGCACAGCCUCAACAUGCUGGAGCAGAGAGGAGACAGAAUGGUGCUGGUACGACGGGAAAAGCUGGUUUCAGACCAUAUGGCUCGCCUCAAAGCCCGACCACGGCAGCUGGAGGUGGACCCCGAGUGUCUGCGAUGGACUCCAGUCAUUGUGACCAACACAGUGGUUUCUGAUGCAGAGGGAGAGGAUGAUGACGAUGAUGAUGAAUCUGACAAAAAUAAACGCAAAGAGAUCAAGCCAAAUCCAAAAGGCACAUCAAUGUCUUGGCACAUGCGUCAAGCCAAGAAAAGGGAGGAUGAGGAAGAAGAUGAUGAAGAGGAGGAUGAGGAGGAAGAGAGAAAAGGUUUUCUGGGUUUUCCCAUCGGCCAAAGUUCCCCAAACUCUGCUCCAGUCCGCACCACCCCAGUCUCUGAACCUCAGCGUCCUGUCGCUCCCACCAAUGGAGAGCGGCGACCCCGUGGACGUCCGCCCAAAAACUGGCCAUGGGGCAAAGCGCGAGAUGCUCAUCCGGGACGCCCUCCUAAGAUCCGGUCCGUAGAUGAUGAAGAUGAAGAGACUGAACAGGACAAGACCCUCGGCUCUGCCAGCAGCCCCCCAUCACUUUUCUCUCUGGACAGACAGACAGACACUGUACCUUUUCACAAACUGGGAAUGAGCAGUCACUCCAUAACCCCCUCCAGGAGAGGCCGCCCCCCCAGAAAAAAGAGAGGUCCCAAACCCAGACUGAGUGAGGGGCCUGGGGACAGUCUGGGCCAGCUGUCUGGAGUCCCCAGGCUGGGUGACACUUCUCCCAUGAGGAAAAGCUGCUUUAGUGAGAGCAGUGAUGAAGAGGAGGAAGAUGAUGAAGAUGAGGAUGAUGAAGACACGAGGGCAUGCUCUCCUCCGAUGCUCACAAAGCCAGCCAUGGGGCUCAAGUGCAAGAAGCCCCUAAGAAAGCGGCGUUUUCGCCAACGUAGUCACCCCCACAGCAGUGUGGUGACGGAGACCAUCUCUGAGACCACCGAGGUCCUGGAUGAACCCUUUGUAGAUUCAGAUUCUGAGAGGCCUAUGCCCAGACUAGAGGAGGAAACACCAUUUGGACAUCCACUAAGGCGAUAUCCUCCAGCCCGCUCUGCUCUACGCUUAUCUGACCCAGGACCCAAACGCCCCCGCCUCAGUCACUUCACUGACUCUGAAGAUGAUGAGCUUACCCCAGUCCUGAAGCCUGUCUCUAUCCUCUCUGCGUCCCCCACUGACCCUUCUAACCCUGACGCACCAGUCAAAAAGAAAAAAGGCUGGCCCAAAGGAAAGAGCCGAAAACCUCUGCACUGGAAGAAAAGAGGGCCAGGCAGACCUCCAGGCAGUGGGGCCAACCAGCGGGCCGCUGCUGAAAACCAGAGUGGGGAUCCCCCACCACCUAAAAUAAAGAUGAAGCCCGGCCGCAAACCCAGAGGCUGGUACCUGCAGAGAGCCCAGGAGGAAGCAGAGAGGCAGGAGCAGGAGAAGGAGAGGCGGAGGCUUAUGGACCAAAUGGACAAGGGCUCCUCUCUGGAGGAGCGCAGCGCCAAUCGAGCGUGUCGGGACAACAAACAGAGAGACUCGGAUGAAGAGGACGAUUAUCUCCCUAAACCGGUUGAACAGAAAGUCCCCAAGAGGAGAGGCAGGCCACCCAAAAACCCUGCCCUCCGGCAACCUCCCCAGCCUACCCCAAAGCCAGCCCCCACCUCAGAGCCUGAGGAAGAGGAAGAAGAUGAAGAGGACGAUGAACAGGAAGAGGACAAGCCAAGCCGCCCCCCGUCCCGCCCUCUUCUGUCUCCAUCCUCUUCCUCGUCCACGCCGGGACCCAGAGCUCCCCCUUCUAGACCUCAGGACACUGAGGGGGACCGUGAGGAAGAUGAGUAUGAUGAAGAGCGGGAGGAGGAGUGUAGCAGCAUGGGCCGCAGAGCAGCGGUCACACCGGGCUCAGGCAGCAGGCGCAGUGAUGACCACGAUGCCGACGAUGAAGGGGAUGGGCACGUCGAUGACAAGAGCAACAACAAGAAACGUAAAGGCCCAGAAUCUGAUGAAGAGGAGGAGGAAGAAGAGGAAGAAGAGGAGCCGGCCUCUCGCGCCAGCUCCCCUCCAGUUAAAGAAGAACCUCAAGGAGAAGCUUUUUUAGACAUGGAGAACAGCGUGGCCAGAGAAUACGUCAGCAAGCAGGAGGAGGAAGAGGAGGAGGAGGCUGAGGAAGAGCAGGCUCCAAAGAGCGGCCCAUCCUCUGUCGACCCACAGCAAGAUGAAAGGAGGCGCAGAGAGCAGGAGGAGUCUGCUGCAGCCGCUGCAGCUGUGGAGACUGUUAAGGCCAUGUCUGUUCCAUCAGAGCCUAUGGACCUCCCGCCUCUGCACGAAGACAAGAGCGUCACGCUGUUGAUGGAGCCUCAGCACCCCCACCCAAACCCCCCAGACCACCACCCCCACCACCACUCCAAUGAGCUAGACCUGGAGACCGUUCAAGCGGUCCAGUCCCUGACACAGGGGGAAGCCCAGGAGGAAGAGGCUGAACCCCACCCACACCACGGGGCGUACCAGGACUGCGAGGAGACCCUAGCUGCCUGCCGGACACUGCAGAGUUACAGCCACACAGGGGAGGGGGAAGAAGAGGCUCUGGCUUUGGUGGAGGAUUGUGGGCCAUCACAACACAGCAGCCCUAUGCCCAAUCCCCCCAUGCCACCUCUGCCCAGUCAGUCAGUACGCUCAGUUACCAGUCCUGGGCUGCCUUCUGCCAUGAUGGACACAGCACCCACUGGGCAAAGGGGGAGCACCCCUGGUCCAAAUGGAGCAGGGGGGAAUAACGGCAGCACUGGAGGAGGGUACACUCAAAUCACCCCAGAGCACCCCAGCUCUCUGUCUGCCCCCUCCCAGCAGAACAUGGAAACGUCACCAAUGAUGGAUGUCCCGUCAGUGUCAGACCACUCGCAACAGGUGGUGGACAGUGGCUUCAGUGAUUUGGGCAGCAUAGAGAGCACAACAGAGAACUACGAUAACCCCAGCAGCUAUGACUCCACUAUGGGUGGAGGGGGCAACGGGACAGGUAAUGGGGGAAGUGGAGGUGGCAUUUCGGCCACUGUGGCUGGAGCCCCCACUGCCUCUUCAUCUGCCCCAUCGUCCUCCAGCUCUGCACCACCCUCAUCGUCCCAGUCCAAUAGCUGCUCCUUUGCUCCAGCCCCCACCCUCAACUCCUCCACCGGGGCAGGAGGGCAGCUCACCAUGGGCAGCUGUAGCCACAUCCAGCAGACGGGUCAAGGACCUAACAGUGGUCCCAGUGCCAAUAAUGUUGCAGUACCGCAGCCCCCACCACCUCCUCCUCCGUCCAACACUCCCGGCUGUGGCAUAAAGUCUCCUCAAAGUUGUGGUGUUCUAGAGAGACCACCCAGCACCAACCAGCAGCAGCAGCCACAGCCCCAAAAGAAGGUUUCACAGCAGCCUCCUCAGCAGGCCCCCAACUCCCAACCUGCAGCCUCAGCCCCACCACCUCCUCCACAGCAACAGCAGCCCCUUUCCCAGUGCAGUAUGGGUAAUGGCUUUGCCUCUACACCAAUGAUCAUGGAGAUCCCAGAAAGUGGUGGAGGAGGGGGCAGAACACUCUAUGAACGCAUGGGUCAGGACUUUGGCACAGGGGGAUACCCCCAGCCCUCUGCUACCUUUAGCCUGGCCAAACUGCAGCAGCUCACAAACACCAUCAUGGACCCUCAUGGCAUGCCAUAUUCCCACUCUGCAUCUGUCACUUCCUAUGCCACCAGUGUCUCCCUGUCCAACCCGGGGCUGGCCCCAUCUCCCCACACUCCUCUGCCCCAGGGCCAGCCCACGAUGACCCCACCUCCCAACCUCAGCUCUGGCUCCAUGAACCUGGGCUCCCUUCAGCUGCAGUGCAACAUGCCCACCACAAACAUUGGUCUGGCCCCCCCACCGCACACUCAGCGGCUACAGGGGCAAAUGGCCACUGUCAAAGGCCACAUUUCUAUCCGCUCCAAAGCCACCCAGCAGCUGGCCCCAGCCCCACACCAGCAGCAGCUCUACGGGCGCAGCUCAGGGGCUGUGGCCAUGCAGGGCACCCCACGCACUUUGGCCGUGCAGCGAGGUAUGAUGCCCAACCUCAUGCCAACACCGGCCCCAUACAACUCCAUGAACAUGGCCCCCCUUAAUGCUAUGUCAGCAGCAGGGUACAGAAUGCCCCAGCCUAUGAUGAACAGCAGCUAUCAUGGCAACCCUCCUUACAUGAACCAGCCUGCUCAAUACCCUAUGCAGAUGCAGAUGGGGAUGAUGGGAGGACAGGGUUACCCACAGCAGCCUAUGCAGCCCAAUCACCACAGCAACAUGAUGUACACUGCUCCUUCACAUCACAGUUACGCUGGUGUCCCAAAGCAGCCACCGUACAUGAGCAGAUGAGCAAAGGACUCGUGGUGGAAUCGGAGUCAGAGCGGGUUACUCGUGUACUCAAACGUCAUUACUCCUGAUCCCUCUGCACUGCCAAUGCAGGCACGAUAAAGAGGAGAGCAAAGGAGAUUAAGAUGGUCCUAGGGUUUCCUGUUUUUCUAUGUUGUCAUUUAUGUCCUUUUUAUUUUGGGAAGAUCUCCCCUCUCCCUCCAGCUGUGGGAGCAGUUGUCAGGUUAGGGACUGGCAUGUGAACAUGGACCUCAGUAGGGUGCUGUUGCACCAGGCCAAACCUGCAGCUCUCUGUAAAAGGGUUUCGCUUGUGCUUCCCUUAUCCAGCACUAUGGAGGAGCAAGGCUGGACAGACAAAGGGGAAACUAGGAAAAAGACAAUACAGGAAUACCUUACUUUGUCAGACUGCUUAUGAAAAAGUUAAAUGACUAUAUUCAACCAUGCACACAAUCUUUUAAUUGAUAUAGGAAGCCUUAUCUUAAAAAAGACAAUGAAACAUUGUAGACAAACAUGUUUUGUUCAAUUUAUUGUUGACUUAUUUUUGUUGUUUUUGUUCAUCUUAAAUAUUAGUGUGCAGUCCAGCCUCUUAAAUGCUUUGGUCUUUAUAUAUGUUGCAUUCUGAAAUGGCUCUUGCUCACAAAUAUCUGAAUAUCUCUGGUGGCUUUUCGCCUUGAUUCCUAAAAUCUUGUGCGCAGCGCCUCAGUGUCCGAGGUGAGGCUGAGUCUUCCGGGAUGGACCGUGUUCUACCAAAACACACAAACAUGGAGGAGUUACUGUUUAUUAUAUGUCCACGAGUAAAACAAGUAGCAUUAUUUUCCACUUUGUCAACACAGCAUUUAGAUGUAAAUAUUCUGGUACUUCCCAAUAUAAUAUUCAGUCAUACAUACACUCUUUGACUAGCCUGAACCAAUCGGGGGCAUGUUCAGAAUAUCACACUCCACUGACAGUGUACAAUGUCAACCUUUAUAAGUUAUGAGGAUGCUGAUCAAAAUUUCAUGUGACGGCUUUUAUGGAUAGUUAUAUUUGAUUAUAACUGACCACCAUUCUACAGUAUACAUUCAAGUGUUACUGGCCCAAAGAGGUUGAGGACUUUUUGAAAAGUGUUUUGUUUCUAAGCUGUUUUUUUUUCUAUAUGGCAAAUUCUGCACUCCUAUUGACUAGAGAAACAGCAAUGGCAGAUAUCCUUUUCAUAGAUAUCUAAAUGCUGGAUCUAGUGCACGGACCGGCCCCCAAAGGCACUGGUCAGAAGCAGGGUCAGGGGCAGAUUUGGAGGUCCUGUUGGGUUGAGGGGUUCAGAAACGUGAAGCAGUCAGCCUUGACAAGUAUUCAAAGUUGAGAGGCGAUUUCAUUUUCUGACCCACCAUUGCAUAUUUUGUGUGUAGGCUUUGGUUAUUUUUGUUUUGUUUCUUUCUGAAUUUUAUCAGACGGGGCAGCUUUCUUUUAUGACACAAGCUGACUCUUUUUGACUUUAGAAACCAAUUGUAGAGAAAAUGUUUUUCUAUAAUAUAAAAGGAAAUUCUGACAUGAUAUUGGUACUGUCAUUUUUUUUUCACUUCUGUUUCAGGAAAAAAAUUACAUAUUUUUUAGCUCGACUCUUGGGUAAUAAUUACUAAGAAAUUCAAAAUCUAAAAAAAAAAAAAAUACCACUCACUAUUAGUGACUUUCAGAUGCCUUUAACCUCUCCAUUCCAUCUCAUCUCUAGAGUUUUUCUAUCUUUGUGUAGUAUAUUAAUGCUAUUUUAAACAAAAGGACUACAAAUAUCUAAAGGUCACUUGGCAUUCUUUUUUUUUACUUGUGUGUGUAUAGGCUGACUUCCUUACAAUUACAAGGCAUGUAAAAAUGAGCUCAGUAUAUUUCUGUCUGUUUAUAUCGCUUCCCUUUUUGUAUCCUUUGUAAUUGUACAUGUUGCGUUGUAUGCUAAGAGAGGGCGCAAAAUAAUGAGGAGGUAUAAGCCGGGCACACAGUGAAAGUUGAUCUGUGCUUGGCAGCCUCAACUCUACUCUGUUCAUGUAUGUAUUCCAUCUAUUUGUUUUUCUUUCUUAGCAAGUACUUUCAAAGAAGUCUGUACAUUUUAACAUAAAAUGAAAAUAAAUUAUGUUGAGCCA